AUGGCCGGGAACCAGACGAUCAAGAGGAUUUUCGAGGUCCCUGUGUUCAAUGCUGCCGACAGCACCCUUCGCAUAUGGCCCUGCUUCCACCGGUCGCCGGUCUUCACCGCCGGCGGGUACGAGUGGUCGAUUAGCUACUACCCCAAAAGCAUCUACGACCGCGACAGCAUUGACCUCUGCCUGCAGCUGGAGUCUGAGGGCGCCGGGGUGACGAUAUCGUCCAGCCUCGCCCUCCUCGACCCCAUGCCUAGCCAGCCGCUGUCCACGCUGGUGGAGGAAUCGCCGCUGAUGGAGCUCGAUCAGGCCAUCACAAGUAGGAGCACGGUCACCCACUGGGUGCCAAAGAGCAAGCUGAGCGCCCUAGUGGGUGACCAAGACAGCCUUAUAUUCAUGUGGGCCAUCACUUUCCUAACACAGACGCCAAUGCCGGUGCCGCACACGGUGCCAGAGCUGGAGCUGAUGCCGCUACCGCUGCCGCUGCCGGAGCCAGAGCCGGAGCCGAAGAUGGCGGCGAUGCCCGAGGUCCCAGCGGAAGACGUGGCGGCGCCGUCCCCAGUCCCAGCGACAUGGACAAUGACAGAUGUGGCGCCGGCAGGCAAGGUCUCGGUGACAGACGUGACAUACUCGGUCGCAGGGGGAGAGAUUUUCCACGCCCACAAGGUUAUACUCGCCACGCGGUCGCCGGUUUUCGAGGCGGAGCUGCUCGGGGGGCCGACGUCGACGGCGGAGGCGAGCCAAGCUCUGGCGGCGGCCAUCGAGGUCGAUGACAUGAGGCCUGAUGUGUUCAAGACCCUUCUGCACUAUAUCUACACGGACACCCUGCCGGCAAUGAAGGGAGAAGCCGGUGAUGAUGAGGAGGCGAGGAGCCAGAUGACGCGCCACCUGCUUGUCGCUGCGGACUGGUACGGCCUGGAGGGGCUAAAGCUCCUGUGCGAGGGGGAGCUCGCCAAGACCCUCGGCGAGGGUAACAUGGCGGAGAUGCUGGCCUUCGCGGAUGAUCAGUACUGCAGCACGCUUAAGGACGCCUGCGUCGGGUUCAUGGUGGCCUCGCCGGAGAGGAUGGAGAGGGUGGUGGCGAGCUACGGAUACCAGCAACUCUGCUUGAGACACCCCCUGAUUUUGGUAGAUGUGCUCGAGAAGUCGCUCAUGUUUCGCAAAGCGUAG